CUGUGUGACCGACGAACCGACCUCACGUCCUCAGCGUAAAGCAGCGCAGCUCCUCCGCUCGAGCGUCUGUCCUCUGCCGUGGUUGCUGGGUGAAUUUCAGAGCCUUCAUCAUGGUUUUCGAGAAGAACAUGCUCACGCACGGCGACCCCGACGACGAGGAGGAAGAGGCGCCUGCUGAGGAGGAGGAAGAGGAGGAAGAAGAGGAAGACAUGGUGGACCCUCUAGAAACGAUCCGAGCCAAGUGUGAGCAGACUGAGCACUGUGUGCACUAUAAGGAGCGUCUGGAGGCCUGCGAGUCGCGGGUGAGCUCCAGGUCCAGCACGGAGGAGGAGUGCACUGAAGAGCUCUUUGACUUCCUGCACGCACGGGACCACUGUGUAGCACACGAGCUGUUCCACAAGGUGAAAUGACCUGCCUGCCCAGUUCCCACCAUUUGCAGCUGUAGAAUCUAUUUAACUGAUAGAAUUGUAAAAAUAAUGCCGGUAGUCCGUCAUUCUCUUGUGUUGUUGUAAAUGAGUUUUCUUGAGUUCCUGGAAUAAAUGCAUGCCACUUUUUCCAUAAAUCAUGCAGAUUUGUAGACGGGGUUGGAAGGAGUUUGUUAUGAAUCACUGCUUGUGUGGGUGAUGGACGCAUUCAUUUUAAAAGGUCGUUCAAAGAUGGGCUUAAACUAUGACUCGUUAUUGUGGUCACUUCAUAUGCAAAACUAAAUUUGCUUUACCUCAGGUUUGGUCAUGGAUUCUUCGCUCUGGCCGGAAAAUAAAGGGUUUUGAUGGUU